AUGAGUUUUUACAACCAAUUCUCUCAAUCUUAUGAUUAUCAUCCACGACCAUGCGAAUGGGCCUAUGCAUUAAAAGCGAAGUUGGACGAUCAAGAAAGGUACAGUUCACCUAUGCCAUUGAUUGGGAUGUAUAUCGCAUUAGCAUCUCUGUUUUGUAUCCUUGCAAUGGUGGCUGAUCUAUUACAUGGCCUGAGGAACAGAAAACUAUGGUUUCCAUGUAAAUACCUCACGCUGAAUGCUGCUUCUCUCACCGUGAUAGCUGUUGCAAUAAAGCUACCCAUGGAUCUAACUAAUCUAAUGCCAGGCUAUGUUGACCAGGCUGCAAAGCUUGGAAGCCUAGGCUUUAUGUGCACCAUGAUGGUUAAUUUAUUGCCUUCUCUUGCAUCCAUGGACAGCAAGGAGCUUGUCACAAACAUGAUGGCUUUAGGUGUUCUGGUACUGACCUUGGUUGGGAAUGUCUGCAUUCAAAUAAAUACCGGAGUUCUAUCAUAUCAUGAAAGUAGCGAUCCGUACUAUUUCAAACUUCAUUAUAAAGAAAUUUCCCCAUCUUUCUCACGUUUAGAAGGCAAUGGUUUGAUAGCAACUAUUUAUGCGGGUAUGCUACUCAUGUUGCUGAUAAUAUUUGCAUGUUCAUCUUUAGCCAUUCUAAAGUCGAAGCAAAUUCUGGAAUCGAAAUACCAUGAAGCUCAUGAAAAAGCUAUAAAAGAUCAAGAGCUUCAGCAACAAGGACAAUUAACUAUUGUGAAGCUAAAGAAGCAUGUGAGCAACUACUGGAUCAUGGCAAGAACCGGAAGCCCCCAAUUCAUGACAGCUUGUUCUGCUACAACCGCUGCUUCUGGGGUAAUAUGUGCUUUUAGCACCAUCUUACAUAUUGUUAUUAUGGUUUCCAAUAUUAGAUCUCUAACUAUAAGUCGGAUUAUAAGUGGUCGAUGUCAGUGA